UGUUUCACUAUCACAUUGUCUUGUUCAUCUCUCUGUUUUGUGUUUACCCAAAACAGAGAAAAAAUCAUCAUCAUGACAAACGCUUUCUCUAUAGUAACACAACAAUACAAAGCGUUACUAAAAAAAAACAUAUUACUCUCAUGGCGAAGUAAGCGAUCAAUUCUUCUCCAAUUAUUCUCACCAAUUAUCUUCAUCUUCUUAAUAUUCGCCAUUGACAAAGCAAUUAAAGCACAAACUUCAACAACUUCAGCAUACAAAACAGUUAAAAACCCUAAAUUACAACCUUCACCAUCAAUUCCACCUUGUGAAAACAAAUUCUUCAUCAAAAAACCUUGUUAUGAUUUCGUAUGGAGUGGUGAUAAGAAUCCGAAGUUUCAUACAAUUGUUGAUCGAAUAAUUAGGAAUAAUCCUGGUAGGGUUAUACCUAAUUGGAAAGUUAAAUCGUUUGGUGAUAAAUAUGAAGUUGAUGAAUGGUUAUUGAAUAAUCCUAUGCAAUGUCCUGGUGCGAUUCAUUUUGGUGAAAAGAAUGAUAGUGUUAUUAGUUAUGGGAUUCAGACUAAUUCUACAACUCUUCAGAAACGUGGAAGGUAUGAAGAUCCUACUUUUUCUUUUCAACUUCCUCUUCAGCUUGCUGCUGAACGUGAAAUCGCCAGAUUCCUUAUUGGAGAUCCAAGCUUCAAGUGGAAUGUGUUUUUGAAGGAAUUCCCACACCCAUCCAUGACUCCUUUCUCUGCUGUUAAAACAAUUGGUCCAUCAUUUUUUCUUGCAAUUGCUAUGUUUAAUUUUGUUCUUCAGAUGAGUUCUUUGGUGACAGAGAAAGAGCUUAAACUUCGCCAGGCAAUGACAGUGAUGGGGCUUUACGACUCUGCAUACUGGUUAUCAUGGCUAACCUGGGAAACAGUUGUUGCACUCAUAUCAUCUAUUCUCAUAGUUCUCUCUGGCAUGAUGUUUCAGUUCAGUUUCUUCUUGAAAAAUAGUUUCGCUGUUCUGUUCGUUUUGUUCUUCCUAUUUGAACUCAACAUGACUGGAUUGGCCUUCAUGUUAUCGGCUUUCAUUCGUAAAUCAGCUUCGGCAACAACAAUCGGCUUCUUCAUAUUUAUUAUCGGCUUUGUGACACAGAUUGUCGUACGAGCCGGAUUUCCUUACACGGAUGGCAUCUCUGAUACUUACCGAAAUUUAUGGUCAUUGUUUCCGCCUAAUCCUUUUGCUCAAGCCUUGAAAGUGCUUUCAAAUGCUGUUUCAACCCCUGAAGGUGAUGGUGUUAGCUGGAGUAAACGGGGGGUAUCAUGCGACACUUUCGACACUAACUGUGGGAUGUCAAUUAAUACUAUUUAUAAAUGGCUUCUUGCCACAUUCUUUUUGUGGUUUGUUCUGGCCAUCUACUUUGACAAUAUAAUCCCAAAUGCAAUGGGUGUGAGGAAAUCUGUGUUAUACUUUCUAAAUCCUCAUUAUUGGACAGGAAAAGGAGGACAAAAAGUGAAAGAGGGUGGGGUUUGUAGUUGCUUAACUUCAGCCCAUCAUGAAGAAAAUAGAACAGCAGAUGAUGAAGAUGUCCUUGAAGAAGAAAAUGCUGUUAGACAGCAACUAACACAAGAUGUGGUUGACGCAAAUGUUGCUGUUCAGGUACAUGGCAUUGUGAAGACUUAUCCCGGUACAUUCAGCAUUGGUUGCUGCUGUAAAUGUAAAAGAACUGCUCCUUACCAUGCUCUUAAGGGGUUGUGGGUGAAGUUUACAAAGGAUCAGUUAUUUUGUCUUUUAGGACCUAAUGGAGCUGGAAAAACUACUGUUAUUAAUUGUUUGACAGGGAUAACUCCAGUAACUGGUGGAGAUGCAUUGAUUUAUGGGCAUUCAAUACGAAGCUCCACUGGCAUGUCAAACAUUCGAAAGCUUAUAGGAGUGUGUCCCCAGUUUGAUAUCCUAUGGGAUGCACUGUCUGGUCAAGAACACCUCGAACUCUUCGCUAGUAUUAAAGGCAUAUCCCCAGCUUCUAUAAAAUCGAUUACUCAAACAUCAUUGGCAGAGGUGAAACUCGUGGAUGCAGCUAAAGUAAGAUCUGGAAGUUACAGUGGAGGAAUGAAACGUCGUCUUAGUGUUGCAAUUGCUCUUAUUGGUGACCCUAAAUUAGUCAUUUUGGAUGAACCGACUACUGGUAUGGAUCCAAUAACAAGGAGGCAUGUGUGGGACAUAAUUGAAAAUGCAAAAAAAGGGCGUGCCAUUAUUCUCACAACACAUUCUAUGGAAGAAGCUGACAUUCUAAGUGACCGAAUAGGAAUCAUGGCAAAGGGAAGACUCCGCUGCAUUGGCACCUCAAUCAGAUUGAAGUCACGCUUCGGUACUGGUUUUAUUGCUAAUAUUAGCUUCCAUGGAAACAAUAAUGAACAUAGUCCUGCAAAUAGUGAUGCAAUAUCAGCAAGACAUCGUGAGGCUGUGAAGGAAUUCUUUAAGCAUCGUCUAGAUGUAGUACCAAAAGAGGAGAACAAUAACUUUCUAACUUAUGUGAUUCCUCAUGAAAGAGAGGCACUCCUUACAAAUUUUUUUGAGGAGCUGCAAGACAGAGAAGAAGAGUUUGGCAUAUCUGACAUCCAGCUUGGUCUAACAACUCUUGAAGAAGUUUUCUUGAAUAUUGCAAGGCAAGCAGAGCUAGAAAGUGCUACAGCUGAAGGGAGCUUAGUGACUUUGACCUUGACAUCUGGAGAGUCUGCGGAGAUUCCUAUAGGAGCUAGGUUUGUGGGAAUUCCAGGAACAGAGUCUGCUGAAUAUCCCACAGGUUUUAUGGUAGAAGUAUACUGGGAACAAGAUGAUACUGGUUCCCUUUGUGUCGCUGGCCACUCGCAGAAAGCUCCAAUUCCUCAAAAUAUCCAACUAUCAUCAUCUGCUACUACAAGACAACGCCGGUCAGCGUCAGUUCGCGGGGUUGUGAUUGAUCCAAGCCAAGUUACUUCUGUCAAUUUUCAGUGAUGCAUGCUCAAUGUCUUUGAGCGGCUACCUCAGGACAGGAACAUGAAUGGAGAAAGGGGAGAAUGCAUUGAUAUUUCACUUACAUUCUAUUUUUUUUUGUUUCAAGAUUUCACUUGUGUAUGUGUUGUCAGUUGUUACCUUGUUGGAUAAUUAGGAUAUGUUUGGAUGUAGGAUUUUAGAGGGGAAUAGAGUUUUUUUUUCUUCCUAAAUUAAGAAAGUUAUAAAAUAUUUCUAAAGAUAAAUUAAGUGCAAUUAAAAUGUUGUAUGAUCAUAUCUGAAAUCCUCUAUCCAAACAUACUCUUAUAGAGUUUGGCCAUUUCCCCUGCUGGAAAGGGUUUUUAUUUUCUUGUUCGGGUAAUUAGUUUUGUAAGUUUGAACAAUCUUUUAUCUUAUUUUACUGAUUUUGAUAAAAUGAAUCAUGCCAUACA